AGCGUUAGUGUCUGUGUGGUGAGGUGGUAGUGGCUGGCGCGGAGCAAGUGGAACCAUGUGACAUUGUAUUCUCUUAUUUCGCCAAUUGAUAGUGCUUAAUCUUUAAGGAUACCCAAAGACCACAGUGUGAUAUAUGUCACAUGUAGUUAUUGAGCAUUUGGGUAGGUUGCACAUUCAUGCGGUGGGAGAUGACAUGUUAACAAAAACUGGCAGAAGUUAGGUGAUAACGAUAGAAUAUCCCGCCAAGGUUGUGCAGCGGUGCUUCACCUGGUACAAAGCAUGAGCGAGCACAGCUAGACCUUGUGUCGCUGAGUGGCCUGAGUGGUGUGUGAGGCCAGCCGUGUGUGUGUGUGAAAGAGAGUGUGGUGUGGGCGUGAGGCUUUGGUGUGACAAUGGCCAGCACUACGGGCGGCGGCGGCGGCUCCGCAAUGGAUGCCCAGCUCGUGGCCCUCCUGGACAAGUUGGAAGGCCUUCGGCAGGAGGUUGGCCCUCCUCCUAGGCUGUCCAUGAUUGCUGAAGUGCGCACCCUAGAGCUAUGGCGCGCGGUGAUCGCCGAGUGCCUGGCCACGGUGUUCUAUGUGUUCCUGGUGUGUGGCGCCUACAGCCCCUGGACCGGCAAGGUGUUGACGCAGGACGGGCAGCUGACAGUGGCCUUGGUGGCAGGUUUCACCAUGGCCAUCCUCGUCCAUAGUUUUGGCCAGGUUUCCGGGGGCCACAUCAAUCCUGCUGUCACGGUCUCUCUGGCGGUCACCCGGCAUGUGUCUCCUCUGCGCGCCGCUAUGUUCGUACUGGCGCAGCUUGGGGGCGGGAUAGCCGGUGCAGCGCUGCUCUAUGGGGCGACGUCAUCUGGCUACACGGGUGACCUGGGAGCCACCUCGGUGUCACAAGUCAUCACCCAGUGGCAAGGUCUGGGUCUGGAGUUUCUCUUAACCUUCGUGGUGGUCUUCGUGUUCUUUUCUUCCGUCAAUCCCUACCGCAGGAGCUUCGGAAACCCCUCCGUCGUGAUUGGGUUCGCCUACAUGGCCUGCACGCUCGUAGGGCUCCCCCUCACUGGUGCCUCCAUGAACCCAGCACGCUCCCUCGGGCCAGCCUUCGUCAAGAACAAGUGGGACGCUCAUUGGGUGUACUGGGUGGCUCCUUUGGUGGGCGGCAUGACGGGAGGCCUCAUCUAUGAGUACAUCUUCAAUCCACACAGAGUGCCGCGCUCCCGCAAGGAUUCCAUGGAUGGAGAUUCUUCAAGUGUAGGGAGUGAUGAAGAUCCAUACGAUGAAUGCUCCAAGCCUCCACCUCGGUAUAAUUACAAUGCUCUUCAUGCCCAAAACUACGACCAGUACCGCCCUGCCAAUACCUCCAACACCACUUCUCCCUUAGGAUAUCCAGCAAGUAUGUAUGAACACAACGGAGCAACUUCAGUUUGUAAUGCAUCAGCAUACAAGUAUGACAAUGGUUAUGUCAAAGAUGAUAUUUACUCAGGAUCAAAGAGUUUAUACACUAAAUCACCACCCUUGCCAAGAUCAUCAUCUCUAAACCGCUCCCAGUCAGUGUAUGCCAAGCCUCCACCACCUCGCAUGGACAACUACAACAGGAACCUCACUCACUCUCAAAGCCUGUGUCCCAAAUCAGCCACAGAUUUCUCCACCCUUCCUCACACAGAUAACAUGUACAAAAGCAACCCUCGGAGGGACACCCUUUAUGUCACAAGUAAGUCUGGGAUUGUGAAACCAGAGCCAGUGUAUGGAACAUCUUACAACAAACAAAAUGAUUCUGGAGAUUCAAACUACUCCACUUAUCGAGGCACAGCAAGUUAUAGUUCAUCCCGUUCCUCAAAUCCAGGACCACCAGUUCCCAUGAGUCGAACACGUACUGACAAUCUCACUCCAAAUUCGGUUGCUUCCGCUCAUUCAAGUCUUGUUACUCCUAACUCAGCAGGCUUGUGUUACUCUCCAAAUCCUCAAUAUUAAGAAGAGGACAAACAAUUUCACACCAGAAUUCUGCCUUGAACAAUUGGGAAUCAUAACUCUUGGAUAAUUGCUAAUGCUUUGCAUUCUGUUGGCCAAAUGGAAAAAAAUAUUGAAUAUGUGUAAAGCCCAUUUAUUGGUGUUUUAUUUUACUUUAUAUCUUAUUUAGAAGACUUACUUAUUAGUAUUUGUAUUUUUCAUCUUUUAUUUAAUGGUGUGUACUAAGAACAUAAAGUGCUUCCAUUAUUUAAAUGUUUCAGGGCUUUCCAAAAAUAAUUAUAGCUUUAAGACAUAAUCCCUGAUUAAGACAUUUAAAUAUGACUAUAAAUAAAGUAUACAACUUUUUUCAUCAGUAUAAUUCAAUACUUCUUUCUAUAUUUAAUGUAGUACCUCCCAAGCUUGAUAUGAACUUUGUUUGCAAACUAAUAUAGAAACAAUUGGAAUUUACUAGUAAAUUAGAAUGGAUACUGUCAUGUGAAUGUGUCAAGAUUAUUUAUAUAUAAUAACAUUUCACCACUUGCUAGAAUAGAAGAAUCCAGUAAGUCAGGUGUAUUAACAGUUCCAUGGUUGCCCAGUUGCACUUUUUGCAAUUUCAAGCAGCGUGUGUGUGUGUGUGUGUGUGUGUGUGUGUGUGUGUGUGUAUCCUGAGAUAAAAUAUUUCAUGUGAUGUCAGAUGAUUUGGUAGGCUAUACUCCUUUAAAUUAUAUAAAUUUGCACAUGAUAGAUGGAUCUCAAAUUAUAUUUUGGCCCACUUUAUACAACAUAUUGAAGACUUUGUACAAAAACUAUUCAUUCAUUUAUUGUCAUGAAUGUGAGUUUAUAAAUUAAAUCUAAAGAAAAUACAACACAAAAGAAAAACUUAAAUUAUCACCAACAAAAAAUUUAAUACUUGCAUAGAGAAGAUACAAACAUCAGUGUCUAAUGAAAAUUGUUUGGCUCAUGUUAAAUUUUGGACAUGUAUUAACAGUUUAAAUCAAGUAUCUAACUUAGCUGGAGACACUUACAUUACAACUGGUGCCAACUUAUGUAAGAAUAUUUUGGUCAUUAGAUCAAAAUGUAUAUAAACCCAUCUAUUUUGACAUAUUUAAACAUAUUGUCAGCAUUUAGAGUGCAGGUAUUCUUUUCCUUCCUGUGUGCAAAUUACAUAAAUGUACAAGCUUCCUAUAAAAUCUGUACUGAUUUCACAGUUUAAAAAGAUCUAAAGAAAAUAUUUUACAAGAAACACACAAAGGUAUCAGCUUGGGAGGUUCUAUUAUUUCAUUUAGCUUAUCCAAGGAUGUUGUACCACAUGUUGAAAUGCCAAAUCACAAAUAUGUAGUGUGUGUGUGUGUGUGUGUGUGUGUGUGUGUGUGUGUGUGUGUGUGUGUGUGUGUGUGUGUGUACAUAUAUGUAUUCAGAAUUUAAUUAUGCUUAAGGUGUCUCGAUCAUAUUUCUUCACAUGAAAGAAGCAUGUUCCUUUUAAAAGUAUGACAUGUGAUGUUUUGACAAACAGAUGGUAAACACUAAGUAAUGUAUGAACAAAUGUAUGUUUCUACUUGUAUAUAUUAAUGCCAAUUCUCAUUAUCACUUUGCCAACACUGGCAAAUGUUACAAGCUGUGUGUGUUUUACUUUGUUGUAAAGACAAAUCUUAGCUAAUUAUACAAAUGAUUUUGAAUGCUCAUCUUCUUGAGAUAUUUGUGCAGUCUACUUCUUACAUAAAGUAUAAAUUUGAGAACAAUUACAAACAAGUAAGUCUUGUUAUAUAUAAAGUUAUAUGUUAGAUAUGUUUUCUUGAGAAUUAUUCAAUAAUUGUAAAUAGUAGGUAUGAUUUAUAACAACCCAACUUGCUUCUGAGUGUACUUGUAAGAAAAAACAUGAAAGUGUUUCACGGUCAAAUUGGUCUAAACCAUAGGCAUUUAAAAAAUAUAUUAAAUCAAAUUAAUAAAUUAGAUCAAAAGAUAUUUUUUAUCAGCUGGAACUGAAUGCUAAGGUGGAGAACACCCAUUCAUCUCGGCAAAUAAAGUUGAUUUCAGCCCUAAAGUUGAGUAUGAUACAAUACAUAUACACAAUUUAUAUUUUUCAGAUCUUCAUUUCAUCAUCCAUAUAUAUAUAUAUAUAUAUAUAUAUAUAUAUAUAUAUAUAUAUAUAUAUAUAUAUAUAUAUAUAUAUAUACACACACACACACACAGUAAACCCUACUUAAAUUGGACCUGAAUAAACUGGAUAUAAUUUUUUUUCUCUCUCUCUCUCUCCUCUAUCCAGAGUGCAUUGGUUGUCAUGUUCUAUCCCUAGUUUCAAUAAUCUUAAGCCACUAAGCCUAUAUACUGGUUAAAAUAUCCCUAAUACCUCUUACAUUGUCAGUGUCAUUUGAGUUGUCUGAGCUGUUAAGAGACAUGAAAAAGGUGUAUGCCUCAGUACUGCCAGUGCCAAGAUCAGUGUUUACACAGCUGACUUAGCAAGCGCACCACAGUGUCUCCCUCAGUUUUCACUCACUCUGUAGUUCUUAUUGUUGCCUUUGUAAAUGCAUGCGAAAUGUGAAGAAAAAAAAAAAAAAAUCCUUGAGUAACUGAUUUCUAGAUAAUUUGGAUUGGCCUCCCCCCAAUAGGUCCAACUUAUGCUAGGAUUUACUUUAUACCUAUUUGUUAGCAAGACCUACUUGUAUACAUAUUACAAGAAAAAAUUUCUCCAUUUAAGUGAAAACUUUUUUCAUCUAUGAUCAUUAAUAUUCUUGUUAUUAUUAUUAUCAUUAUUAUUUUUAGAAUACCUUAGUAUCCAAAUAAUGCUUUUGUAAUAGCCAGCCAAAAGUAGUUAUGAUGUAUAUACUGUAAAUCCUGGGGGAGUCAAAAAUUAUCGUGCUCCAAUUGAAGUGAGUAUGAAGCACUAACUACAAGGAUGUAUUAAUUAUAUCUUAUCGCACAAACAAAAUCCCUCUACCUCCUUGCACAUAACCCUGCCCAUGCUUGUGUGUGAGGACCACUGAGGGACAAAAGAGUGACUGAUCCACGGCCUGACGGUGGCAGUGCUACAUAUAACCAUUUAGCUCCUUCCAAAUCUUGAUAAAUAGUUUUCAUUUUUAAGUAACAGAUGGAAGAUUAUUCUUUAAUAUCACUGAACUAAUAACAGUAAAGUUUGUUAGGGGCAGUCACUACAUCCAUGAGGGUCACUCCUUUUAGUACAAGUUUUGUAGAAUUCUAUACUUAGGAUUUGUAUAAUUUAUUGCUUAUCAAUCAUCUUGACUGUCAUUAUAAGCAAAUCUAUAUUUAUAGUAUACAUAAUUGGAAUUCUCUGGUAGUCUGAGCUGGCAAUUAUGUUAUCUCUGUGUUGUUUUUAUUUUUGGAGAUCUGCAAUGUGGACCUGCUCAAACUCCUUGACUUAAAUUAUGAAUAUGUUGAUGUAAGAUGGUAAAUAAAUCAUUGUUAUUGUUAUUUUACUCUUGGUUUCCAUAUUAGUGAACCAUUUUCAUUGCCUUGUGCUUGUGAGAUUUGCUAUUGCCUCUUGCAAGGGUUUCUUCUUUAUUUUUUCCCCAAAAAAAUACCCAUAAUAUUCAGGAUUGACUAUUACACAAGUAUGCUUGGUGUUUUGGAAAUAUUCUUAUUAUAAUGUCUUUUCAGUACUUCUAUGUUUCAGUAUGUACAAAUAUGAAAUUUCAAUGGGCACUAAUUUUAUUUUUUGAGUGUAAAAUAGAUGCAGAAAUUUUUGUUUAUGUAAUAAGUGUGUAAAUAUACAUUCCAUCUCCUAGAAGUGAUUGGAAUUAAACUAUUGUUAAUUGUAUAGCAAACUAUUCUUAAUAUGCUUGACAUUGUGCUGAAAUUUAAUUAGUGAAGAGAAGAAUGGCAUGUAUGGGAUGAAAAUAAGAGGUACUAGAGAGUUUGAGUGUUAAUGGGGUGCAGAAAAAUGUAUGAUGUGCUUAAUUUUUCAUUGUUAUCCAAACAAAUGCCAAAUAUUUUUUUUAUAAUUUACUUUAAAUGCACAACUGAUAAUAUUGUAAAUUAAUAAAAAUUCAGAAGAAA